UCAGCCCAGUGCCCCCUCCCUUGGCAUGGCCCCUGCUCUCCUUGGGGAGGCACCAGGAGUGGCUGAUGGCAGCACAUUGAUCAGCGAAUGCUGGGGGGGGGGAGAGGGUGAGGGAGGAGCCUUCCUCCUUCCUUACUUCCCCAAGCCAGCAAGGCUAUAAAGCGCAGGCAGAACCGUACGAGCAGCAAGAGGGACUGGAAGCUCCCGGUUCUCCCAUCGCAUCCGGCUGACGCCCGCAGCUCUCUCCACCUCCUGCACCCCGACGCCUGCCCACGAUGGUCGCCUCUGUGAAGCUCUGGCCCAUGCUGGUUGCCGUGACCCUCUGUGUGCUGUUCUGCUUGGGGGCGCUGGUGGAGGCCUACCCCCCGAAACCAGAGAACCCCGGAGACGACGCCUCCCCGGAAGAAAUGGCCAAAUACUUCUCCGCCCUGCGGCAUUACAUUAACCUAGUGACAAGGCAGCGGUACGGGAAGAGAUCCAGCCCAGAGGCCCUGAUGUCCGAGCUGAUCUUCGGGGACAGCAGCGACCACACCGGCAGAUCGCGGUACGAGGACUCCUACCUAUGGUGACGGGCUGCCCCCUCCCCGCCCCCCACGGCCUCUUUUUAAAUGUUCCCAAGUCUUCUGGUGUCAUUUGCGUUUUUAAUUGAGCCCUGAGGAGCUGGAAAUCUCUCUGCA